AUGAGCAGCUCGACGAUGAAGGUGCUGGUAGAGUCUGAGCUUUGCUCGAUUGCAAAGGAUUUUCCCGCUGAGAUCCGACUGGAUACGCUAUGUGAUCGUAUCUACCCGUUGACAGGAAUUGAGCCGAGCCACAUGAAGCUUAUAGCCAAAGACCAGCAGGGAAACGUUUUGAGUACUGUCGAUCCGUCAGCCCAGGACAAUGAAUACCAGGUGUUGAACGAUACCCGAAUAAGCCGUAUUUUUGUCGAUGAUACUAGUGCAAAUCCCAUCUCAGACCGCUUGCAGCCGGGCGAUGAGGAUGUCGGCUUCAAGCUGUCGGAGGAGGACUAUGCCCAGCGAGAGAACACGUUAUUGGCCUGGAAAGUGCGCAAUCAGAUGGGCCGAUUUGAUCCGGCCUACAAGGAGCAGCUGGACAGGUCCCGGAGGCUUCAGCAGGAGAGACUGGAGACCUUAGAGAUCGAUCAGCGCUGUGCAGUAAGGAGCGAGGGCCGACCCGAGCGAAGAGGAUGGCUGAGGUUCGUUGGGGUGGUGCCGGAAAUCUCGCCGACCGAUAUCUGGUGCGGGGUGCAGUUUGACGAGCCGGUCGGGAAGAACGAUGGCUCCAUCAAAGGCACGGUCUACUUUGGGCCCGUCAGCGCGAAAUAUGGCGGCUUUGUGAAGCCUACAAGCGUCGAGACCGGCCCUCACUACAGUCCUCUAGAGUUAGACGGUGCUUCGAGCGAGGAUGAAGUCUAG